AUAUGGUUUUUUUUUUUUUUUUUUUUUUCCUUCUGUGAGGCUUCUUUUAUUGUUUAUCUUUUAGAAUUUGUUUGAACAUGCUUGAGUUUAGAUUCUGAAAGAAACCCCUAACUUUCUCUCUGGGGUUUAGAUACUUUUGAUUUUAGAUUCGGUCUCUAAAAUCUCUACUCUGAAAUCCUCGACAUGUUACUAAAUUCUUUUAAGUGGGUUUUGUUGUCAGAGUCUCAAGUUGUGCAAUAUUGGUGUAGCACUGCUCUGGAGAUCGUCUAGUUGUUUAUAGGUGGUUCAGAAAAAAAUUAUUCCUUAGAUAGUGAAAUUCAUAGGAUUACUUGUAACGGCUGGAUUUAUAGAAGCUUUUAGCGGCCAGGAAUGUUUGAUGGUGGCAUGACUAUGUCUUUCCAUACAGUCAAUUGCCCGUCCGUUCUUCUAAGUAAUUUAGAUAAGAAUAAGACUCAGUAUAGAGCAAGAACAAGUCCAUCUCUAGUUGUACAACCAUUUUCAUUUCAGGCACAAAUCUAUGAGAGUAGAAAUUUAUCGGAAUCCAAGAAGUUUUCAGGUUCAGCUACAGCUUUAAUGAGAUGUCAUUCUUCUAAAUCUUUGAACAAAGCAAAUACUGUUGGUAUCAUUGGAGGGGUAUCCGUUUCUUCAACUCUUAGUUUCCUGGAAAAGCUUGCUAGGUGGAGUUCAAGAGAUGCGAAAGAAUGUGUUCCUUUCGUCUUCUGCUGUGAUCCAGAAUUAAAGAAUGAACUCUUUCACUCAUUAAAGAGAACAACUGCUCAAAUCAAAUUAAAUCAUGGUCUAAUUGUUGAGAAUUUGCUGCACCAAAGGUCCUUUGUUGAGCAAUCUGGCGCUCGUUGCAUAGUUAUGCCUUGCCAUGUUUCACAUGCUUGGCAUGGCGACAUAUCUGAGGGAUGUUCAGUACCUUUUCUCCAUAUUGGUGAGUGUGUUACCAGGGAGCUUAAAGAAGCAAAGUUAAAGCCAUUGGAAACCGGAAGUGGUGUGCGGAUUGGGGUGCUUACUACACAUGAAACUUUUACUGCUGGAAUUUAUCAAGAAAAACUACAAAGUCAGGGUUUUGAAGUUGUGUUGCCAGACACCGCAACCAAGGAGCAUAUUAUAAUUCCUAUAAUCGAAACAAUGAACAGAGGGGACAUGGAAGGGGCACGGAAUCUCUUAAGAAUUGCCAUUCAUGUUCUGUCGAUCAGGGCUGUGAAUACUGUAAUCCUUGCUUCGGAUGAAAUGCAAGAUCUUUUACCGCAUGAUGAUCCUCUUCUUAAGAAAUGCAUUAAUCCCAUGGAUGCUUUGGCCAGGUCAACUGUGAAAUGGGCUAGAUCAAAUAAAAUGGUACAUUAA